CACUGUCUCCACUGUAGCCUGCAGUGACACAUCCCAAGAAGUCCCUCCCACAAGAAAAACACUGGCCAGACGAGCUUCGAGUUUCACUAGAGAGGAAGUGGCGCACAGACACAAACAGAUCCUUACAGGUUCAACAAAGCAACAGGCUGCUCUGCGACAUGAGGUCCUCUUCCCUGCUCCUGCUCUCCUUCCUCGUGGGUGUGUGUGAUGUUCAAGGGGCGUCAGGUUUUAGGAUCUGCGCCUUCAACCUCCAGCACUUUGGAGACUCUAAGAGCAAGAAAAGCACUGUCAUGCACACUCUUACCAGGAUCAUCACUCGCUGUGACGUGUGCUUGCUUCAGGAGGUGAGAGACAGUAAAGGGAAAGCUUUACCACAGCUGCUCACCAACCUCAACAGGUAUGACAAUGAACAUGUGUAUGAAGCUGUGGCCAGUGAGAGACUGGGCAGGACUGAAUCAUACCAGGAGCAGUAUGUGUUUGUGUACAGGACCGGUACAGUGACUGUCACCGGCCAGUACCAGUACCCAGAUGAUAAACCAGGAGACGUCGAUGCCUUCGCCAGAGAGCCUUUUGUGGUCCGCUUCAAAGCCCCCAAGACAGCUAUAAAGGAGUUUGUCCUCAUACCUCAGCACACCACUCCAACCAACACCACCAAGGAACUUGAUGCACUGUACGAUGUUUUGCAACAUGUGAAGAAGAUGUGGAAAACUGAGAAUGUGAUGCUUCUUGGCGAUUUCAACGCUGACUGCGGCUACCUUGCUAAGAAGAACAGGAAGAAUGUGCGCCUGAUCACGGAGAAGGACCUCAUCUGGCUCAUUCCAGAUAAGACUGACACGACUGUGCGAUCAUCCACCUCCUGCACCUACGACAGGAUUGUCGUUAAUGGGGAAAGUUUUGCCCGAGCAGUCGUGCCUUUAUCAGCCAAACCAUUUAACUUCCAGAAGGAGUACAGACUCACAGAGGAGCAGGCACUUGAGGUUAGUGACCAUUACCCGGUGGAGGUCCUGCUGAAGGUCAGAUCUUCUUCCAAUAGUGGCGCUUCUUUGUCGUUACCUGGAACAAAAGAGAUUGCAAAUCAGAGAACAAAGUUCUUUUCUUUGUUUGUUCUCAGUCAUCUUGUCUUACAAAUGUUAACAUGCUAGUUUAAAGAAACACCUACGUGGUCAAUCUCAGGCACUGAAGAGAACUUCAUGUGGAGUCCACCCUGCCAAAUCUCGCAGAUAACACUGCACAGCAAUGUCUGCUGAUGUUGACAAUUGUUGCUCAGUGAUACAGUAUAUCUCUAUGUAUCUGUGUGGGAUACCUGAAUAUGAUGAAUGAAUGCUUCAUAGCACUGCAGAUGUGCUGGAUAUGCUGGAAGAUGUAAGAAUGCUGAUGAAACCCUCCCUCAGAUUAAUAAUCUGUUUAAUCUGGAUGUAGUUCAUUUGUCCCUUCAGUUUAGGAAAGUUGUGCUCUUUCAUGAAUGAACUCAAACUGAUCCACGGUAAAGAGAAAGAGGCACCUGUUAGCUUCUCCAGAAUGCUGAGUGACAUAUUAUCAAGUUUUUAUAGCAAACAAUCAAAAUCAUUUGAAGGAGAUGAACAGAGUAUUUAAAUUUAAAGGGCACUGAAUUAAAUAGAUGGAGCACAUGAAUUAUUAUUAUUAUCAAAGAAUUUCUCUUGGUGCUUAAAUACAAAGGAGAAAAGGGCAAGGUGUUUACCACUGUUAUUAAAUGUUGCUGCCUUCUAUACAAACUCUGCACUUUGUAAAUAGUUGAGAAUGGUUUUAUGCUAUAUUCUGUGUUAUAUAAUGUAUAUUGUAUUUGUUAUAAGCUCAUGUUAAAUAAUAAACUGUCUGAUGACUUUUCUUUUUG